AUGUCCGCAGAAGAUAUCGAAGGUUAUGCCGUUCGCCGCAACAGCCCCUGCCUGGAGGGGGAGUUCUCGUGUGGGUCAACAUGGUCGAAGUCAUGGUAUGCAUGUUGUCCUCACGGCUCCGUGUGCCCUGGCGCCGAGACCAACUACGACAACCAGAUCUGCUGUCCAAGCAUGAUGAACUGCACCGCCUACAUCGACAACCCGCCCGUGUGUGCGGACAAGACGUGGGACCUGUAUGACCAUGAUGGCGCUUUCUGUUGCGAACAGGGACAAAAGGGCUUCAGGGUCCGCGAUACGGUUUGGGUGGGCUGCUUGGGUAACGACACCGCGGCGGAUCCGAAGUAUAUCGGCUUGACUCCGAUCAGUAAAGGCGCUGCGUUGACCACAUCGACCCCAAAGCCGUCACUAUCCGUCUCAUCUACCAAGACCACGUCCACAUCUGCGGCCACGACUACAGCCACAUCAGAACCAGAAACGAGCGAGAGUCAUACUGGGGCCAUUGCAGGCGGUGUUGUCGGUGGUAUAGCGGGCCUGGCUGCAAUUGUGGUACUCUUGUUCUUUCUCCUUCGUCGACGCAGAAAGCAUCAACCUCCUGCCGUGACCCAGCCCGAGCUAGAACACAUGUAUACGCAACAUGACUUUCAACCGCAGGAGCUACCGACCAAGAGCUUACCGAUUCAGCUUGGUUCCCAUGAGUGCCAUGAAUUGCCGGCCAAUCAGGCGUAA